AUGACGUGGAAACGGGCGGGCACCGCCGCGCUGUUUGCAUUGCAACUGCACAGCGCCAGCGCAUCACCCUUCCGACCGAUUGUCUCAUCUCCCGGCGACACAUCCACCAUCCCCCGCUGGGACCUUCAAUCCAGCGCCCACACCGGCGACGAUUUAACAACCCUCUCCCGACCCGGCGUCGACACCUCCGCAUGGCACCACGUCGGCGUCUCUCGCUGCACACUCAUGGGCUGCCUCGUCGAGACCGGGGUGUACAACGAAGACAAGCUGUUCCACUCAACCAACCUGCAAGAGGUCGAUGAGGCACAGUUUGCUGUGCCAUGGAUUUAUCGGCAUGAAUUCGCCCUGCACCAUCCCACCACCAAAACAGGAGAGCAUGCAGAGCACGACGACCGGCAUUUCUUCCUACAAACCCACGGCAUUUCCUCCCGCGCAGAUAUCUGGCUCAACGGCAAGCAAGUCGCCGACAAAGCCACGCAAGCGGGCUCGUACGCCGGGCGCGACUAUGACAUCACCGCGUUGGUGGCAGAGCACAACGCCCUCGCGAUCCAGGUGUACCCGACAGAUUACUACUACGACUUCGCGCUCGGCUGGGUGGAUUGGAACCCGUGGCCGGCUGAUAACGGGACGGGCGUGUGGCGGGAUGUGGAGAUCAAGCAGACUGGGCCGGUGAGGCUCGAGCCGCUGCGGGUUGUGACGGAGUUGGGGGAGAAAUUGGGGGAUGAGCCGGCAAAGGUGACGCUCAAGGCAAAGGCGCAUAAUCUGAAGAAUGCGACUGUGCAUGUUGAGGCUGAGGCGGUGAUUGUGCUGGAUGGGGAGGAAUACCUGGGUAACCGUCCGUUGGUGGUGCGAAAAACGGUUACGCUCAAGCCGUUUUCGGCGACGGAUGUUGUGCUUUCGGCGACUAUUGACAAGCCGCGGAUUUGGUGGCCGCGUCAAUGGGGCGAGCAGCCGCUGUACACGGCCAAGUUAACCGUGACACCGUCGUCGGACACGAAAGGAAAGAAGAAUGCUCCAAUCUUUGACCACGCCAGCACUACGUUCGGCCUGCGCACCGUUACCAAGACCCUGGCCCAUGACGACACCACGUUCCACAUCAACCACCGCCGCUUCCAGGUCAUCGGCGCCGGCUACUCGCCCAACCUCUUCCUGAGGUCGAGUCCGGCGCAAUACGAGACCGAGCUCGCUUACGUCCUCGAUCUCGGCCUCAACACCAUCCGCCUCGAGGGCAAGAACGAACACCCCGAACUGUACGCCCUCGCCGAUAAGCUCGGCCUGAUGAUCAUGGCCGGGUGGGAGUGCUGCGACAAGUGGGAGGCCUGGAGUUACAAUACCGACCUCGCAGUCGACCCUGUUCCGGUUUGGGACAAGGCGGAUUACGCGAUUUCCCGACAAAGCACCGUCCACGAAGCAGCCAUGAUGCAGACCCAUCCCAGCCUCCUGGCAUAUCUCAUCGGUAGCGACUACUGGCCCAACGACAAGGCAACCAAAGGGUACAUUGACGCCUUCCACGCAGCCGACUGGCAAGUCCCCAUCGUAGCGUCCGCCUCCAAGCGCGGCUACCCCAACUCCCUCGGCCCCUCCGGACUGAAAAUGGACGGACCCUACGACUGGGUGCCACCCGGAUACUGGUGGGACGUGGCCCCCUCCGAAGACCGUCUCGGCGCCGCCUUCGGCUUCGGCUCCGAGCUCGGUUCAGGAGUAGGCACCCCCGAACUCGGCUCCCUCCGCAAAUUCCUCUCGGAAUCCGACCUCGACGACCUCUGGAAACACCCCAACAAAUCCCUCUACCACAUGUCCCGCAAGGGCUCCUCCUUCGAAACCCGCGAGAUCUACAACGCCGGCCUCUUCCACCGCUGGGGCAAACCCACCAGUCUCUCCGACUACCUCUUCAAAGCCCAAAUCACCGACUACGAAGCCACCCGUUCCCAAUUUGACGCCGUCACAGCCCGGUGGAACGCCGACGAUCGCCCGGCUACGGGGUUGAUCUACUGGAUGCUGAACAACGCCUGGCCCAGUCUACAUUGGAACCUAUGGGACUACUACCUCCGGCCCGCGGGGGGGUAUUUCGGCGCCAAGACAGCCACGCGCUUAGAAAAUGUCGUCUUCGACUACCACAAAAAGGGGGUAUGGCUUAUCAACAGGUCGCAAGACAAAACCGGCAACCGGACCGUCCAGGUAGAAAUCAUCAACAAACGUGGCAAACUUCUCCACCACGACACAAUCGCCGUCACCACCCAGCCCAACACCAGCAAACACAUUUUUUCCCUGGCGAAAGUCCUCGCCCGCGUCAACACCGACGUGGUCUUUAUCAAGUUCCUCCUCAACCAAGAGUCCCUAAACCACGACGACAAACACACCGUUCUAAGCAGGAACGUCUACUGGGACGCCCACACCUCCGACAUCCUCGACUGGGACAACUCCGACUGGUACUUCACCCCCGUCACUUCCUACUCCGAUUACACACCCCUCAACACACUCGCCCCAGCUACUGUCCACACCGAUGCCACUACUACUAUCCCACACCACCAGCAUGACAAAUCAUCAGCUGGCGUAGUAGAGGUGGUACACGUCGAAUUAGAAAACAAAUCCCCCGUCCCCGCAUUUUUCAUCAGUUUGGCGCUAGUGGAUGGGAAAGGAGAGGAUGUGCUGCCUGUGAGAUGGUCGGAGAAUUAUGUGACGCUUUGGCCGGGGGAGAGGGUGAGUGUGAAGGCGGAGGUGUUGGGUGGUUGGAGGGGUGGCGUUGGGAGGGUGGAAGGGAUUGUGGUUAGGGCGAAGAAUGUGGCGGAGAGGGUGGUGGGAGUGUGA